CCGAAACGUCUGUAAUGUCUCUGUGUGUUUCCUCUAAAGCCGCCGCAGUGUUUGGACUUUACUGAGACGUUAGCUUCUGAGGCUAAUUCCUCUGGACAAUCAGUGUUUACAGGACUGUUCGUUAGUGUCACAGCGGACAGCCUUAGCCUGUUAAAGAGGCUUUGUAUGUUAUUGUUCUGACUUAAACCCGCUGUUAAACGUCUCUUACGAACACACAAACAGGUGAUUUUAACGUUACAGAGUCGUCAUUCCGAUGCCAGGUGAAGUGAAACAGCAGGAGAAGCUACAUGGAGGCUAACUAACCCAGGACCAAUCGGUGCUCAGCAUACAGAGGAACUGCGGUACAUUAGCACCACAAUGCCAGCCGGUAAGGAGUUUGUGGCUGCUGUGGGCCACUGAGGCCAAGGUACAAACGCCUUGUGGACAACAUCUUCCCUGAGGACCCCAAAGAUGGCCUCAGUAAAUCUGACAUGGAGAAGCUGACUUUCUACGCCGUCUCGGCUCCAGAGAAGCUGGACAGGAUUGGAGCUUAUCUAGCCGAGAGGCUGAGCAGAGAUGUGGUGCGACACCGCUACGGGAAUGUGGUGAUAGCCAUGGAGGCUCUGGACCAGUUGCUGAUGGCCUGUCACUCUCAGAGCAUCAAACCCUUUGUGGAGAGUUUCCUGCACAUGGUGGCCAAGCUGCUGGAGUCCAGAGAACCAGACCUGCAGGUCCUGGGAACCAACUCGUUUGUGAAGUUUGCCAACAUUGAGGAGGACACGCCGUCCUACCAUCGCCGCUAUGACUUUUUUGUGUCCCAGUUCAGCGCCAUGUGCCACUCUACUCAUGAAGAUACUGAGACCAGAACCAGAAUCCGUGUGGCUGGGAUUAAAGGUCUGCAAGGCGUGGUGAGGAAGACGGUGAAUGAUGAGCUGCAAGCUAUCAUCUGGGAACCUCAGCACAUGGACAAACUGAUCCCAUCCAUGCUGUUCAACAUGCAGGACAGCGAAGACCUGGACAGGGCGGGGCACCCCACCACUCCUUCAGGGGGGGGUCAGGAAGGUGAGGAAAACCCAGCAGCGCUGGCAGAGAGCUGUUUCAGGGAGCUGCUGGGCAGGGCAGCCUAUGGCAACAUGAACAACGCUGUCCGACCCAUAUUGGUUCACCUGGACAACCACCACCUUUGGGACCCCAAUGAGUUUGCUGUUUCCUGCUUCAGAAUCACCAUGUACUCCAUCCAGGCUCAGCACUCUCACCACGUCAUCCAGCAGGUUCUGAAUCACCUCGACACAAACAACAAGAACACACCGCGGGUCAGAGCCGGCAUCGUCCAGGUCCUCCUGGAGACGGUGGCCAUCGCUGCCAAAGGCUCAGUGGGUCCCACAGUGCUGGAGGUGUUCAACACUCUGCUCAAACACCUGAGGAUGAGCGUGGACUUUGAGCUGGGCGAGAGCUCGAGGAGAAACUCCAGCACCAGUGUUUCUUCUGGCCGCGGGAAAGAGAGCGAAGAGAGAAUCGUCCAGAACGCCAUCAUUCAGACCAUCGGCUUUUUCGGUGGAAACCUCCCAGACUACCAGCGAGCUGAAGUCAUGAUGUUCAUCAUGGGCAAAGUGCCAGUGUACGGGACCCCCUGCCACACCUUGGACACUGUCAAGAUUGGGCAUCAGGGUACCAAGCGGAUCCAGACCAUGCUGCUCAGCUCUCUGAUCAUGGUAACCUCUGGCUUUAAGUCCAAGUCCAUGGCAGCUGCGUUGCCUCCUCCCUUCCUGGAUCCGCUCUUCUCCAUCUCGCUGAUGGAGGAUAGUGAGCUGAGGCAGCUGGUGCUGGAGAUCCUGCACAACAUCAUCGAUCGCCAUGACAACCGGGCCAAGCUACGCGGCAUCAGAAUCAUUCCUAAUGUUGCAGCAUUGAAGAUUAAAAGAGAGAAGAUUUCCAAGCAAGAUGUGGCAUUCAUGAAGAAGCAUGGCCAGCAGCUUUACCGCCAUAUCUAUCUGGGCUGUAAAGAAGAGGAUAACGUCCAUAAAAACUUUGAGUUGCUCUUUACUACCCUGGCCAUUCUGACUAUCGAGCUGGCCAACGAGGAAGUGGUCAUCGACCUCAUUCGGCUCGCCAUCGCUCUUCAGGACAUGGCUCUGGCUAAUGAGGAGAACAUGCCAGUGUUUACUCGUUGCGGCAUCAUGGCAUUGGUGGCGGCAUACCUUAACUUCCUGAGCCAGAUGAUCGCAAACCCUCCCUUCUGUCAGCACGUCAGCAAGGUUAUAGAGCUGAGGAACCUGGACGCUCCGUACCUCCUCCCAGAGCACAUCUUCAGAGACAAGUGUCCACUUCCUGAAUCUUUAGACAAGGAGGACAGACAACUUUACUUCCAGACAGCCGACAUGGCAGAGUGUCUGGCAGGACCCGGAUACAACGCAGAGAGACUCUCCAUUCCCUACGUUCCCCAGGUCACAGGUGAAGAUCGUCUGACCAGGAGGAAGAGUUUUGUGGACACAAUCUCCCUUCAAGUGGACAUCAUGUCCAACAGUCUUCCAGACAAGUCCCAGCUGGCUGAGGAGAUCACGUUUGAGACCCUGAAGAAGGCCAUCGACACCACCGGUCUGGAGGAGCAGGAGAGGGAGAAGAGGCGUCAGGUGAUGGAGAAGUUUCAGAAAGCUCCUUUUGAAGAGAUUGCUGCCCACUGCGAGUCCAAGGCGAACAUGUUGCACGACAGGCUGGCACAAAUCUUCGAACUUACAAUUAGGCCUCCACCCAGCCCGUCCGGAGUGGUUUCCAUCUCAGCAGGACACACCCAGCACCAGUCUGUCCCUGUCUAUGAGAUGAAGUUUCCAGACCUGUGCGUCUACUGAUCACAACACACACACACACACACACACACACACACACAUACACACACACACACACACACACACACACCCCUCCACAAAGAUAUCACAAAAUGCAAAAUGCAAAAUUCAAAAUGCUGAGAAAUAACUAGACUAGUCAUAAUCUGCACUCCAAUUUCCUCUAUUCUGACCAGCACAAAGGUGACAGGGAUACUGUCAGAAAUACAAAUUGCAGCAACAAAAGUUUUGGUAUAAACAGGAGUUGCCUAUCCAAAAAAAUGAACCUCCUUAAUCUCACGUAAAAGUCUUCUAUCUCUAUUGCAAACCUACACACCGGCCACAGAGUUUCUUAUUUCCACUUAGUUUGAGAGCCUCAAAAGCGCUUCUGAAUCCAAAAAUGCCUUCAUUAUCAAUUUGAAAACUUCUGUAUUUUUAAAAUACUCUGAUCCUUAAUUAAGCAGAAAGCAGACCAGUUUGUAUCCCUCUAGCUCUAAAUGAACUGAUGUGCUGCACUUUGUUUCCUGACUCACUUCCCUGAAAUUCAACAAAACUUGUGAGUCACCAAGAACAAAACAUGAACAACACUCACUCUAACAUUUCAGUGUAUAGAUGCUGAAGCUGAUGUUGCUUCCCAGCAUGACUCAUCCAGUCUAUCAUCUGUGGUCUAACCAAAGCUUCACACAUUGUACAUAAGCUGUAGUCUAAAAUGAAACUCUUGUAGGAAUGGCUAAAACCAGUUUCACAUUUACAUUUGAGGCUUAGCUGUACUGCUCCUUCUUCAGAGCCAGCUUCUGCCUCUUAACAAGUAUCUGUUCUCAUGUUGAUCAGUAGGCGUCAGUGCAGUCACAAAUUAGUAGAAAUGUAUAUUAUAUUAGCUGCUAGAAAAACUGAAAUAACUUCACUGGUGGUAGAAGGCAGGCGAGUUUUAGGCUCCCUGCUGCACGGCUGUUACAACCUGUUCAGUCUGCUCAGUGUUUGCUAUUUUUAGGUAAAUAUGCAUCAGAAAUGACUUCAACAACCAGCCAAGGUUCAUGUUGGGAAAUGAAAUGAAAGCAAUACUUCAAUUUAACGUAUCUGGUCAUGAACUGCUUGACAACAAAAGAAAGCCAAAGAGUUUAGUUUUCAACACUGUUCAGUGGAAAUGGCUCGCUCAUGGUUGGUGUGUUUCUGUGCUCCAUUUAUUUCAAAAUGCUGCAAUUUGCCCUUUGUGCUGACAUUGUCUUGACAUAAUGUAAACGUGCCUGGAUAGACCCAUUUUUAACAGAAGUCUUGAUUAUCAGCCAACAGGGUGUUAAUGUUUGUUGAUUUGUUAUGAAACCUUUUGAAUUAAGAUCUUACGACACAAUGCUGAUAAAAUGUGACUGAUUGUUUAACUGUCUUUAGAGCCAGCGCGUUGUAAAUACAGAAAAAGCACAAAACUUUAACUGCAACAUACUGAAAGAUUUGAACUGCAUUGAGGGACAGUUCUUUUUAAUUGGAAUAAAUUCAUGCACAUAUUACAUUCAUACAUCUGCAACCUUUCUGUACCUUUAUAUAACAUAUUACAGCACUUAUUUUACUGUGUUCAUGUUAGUGAAUUUCUUAUUAUGGGAAGAAAUAUAGCAGUUUAAGAAUUCAUUUUCAAAAACCUCAAGCUGUUUCAAUGACAGUUGUCGCAAUUUUCCAUGAAUAUACAGCUAGCUUGCUGGCUACAAUACUUAACCCUGCCUAACAAGCUCUGAUUGGUUGAUUAUUUCUACAAAUAGCAAUAACCAUUCCUUUCUGAAUUGCUGAAGAAUCAGAGAUGUGUGCAGCGAGGUCUAAAACCAGGGUAUUCUGGGAUUGGCCAGAUUAAGUCCAUAUCUGCCCCCUAGUGAAUAUACUUUAAAUCACCCAAGCACACAUCAACACAGACAAGCAUGUAGACGUGCCGCUUGUCAAUGCAUGCACGUUGUUAAAAGCGUGUGUAUAAGCGCUGUAAGUUUGUGACAUUGAAUGUACGUGUGACUGCUCCAGAACUCUACCAGCAGCAUCAACUGUAAAAACUCAUAUCCUUGUGGAUUAAGAGUUUUCCGGCACGAUGGCUUUGUUCUGUACUCUCUGUGCACAGUUGGCACGUUGAUGAUAUCUCCAGUCCAACCAGCAGCUUUUAACUCCUCACAGCUUUUUUCACAGCUUCUAAAAACCAAAACAUGUUUUGCUGCCAAAGACAGCAGUCCCCCCAGCCUCCCCCACCCUUCCCCCAUUUCCUGAAUUCAGGAUGUCUUAAUCUAAAAACACUGGAUGCUUUCCGUGACGACGUCCUGCAAGCAACCAUAUGGGCAGUUUCAUCCCUAAAUAAGAGAGCAGCAGCUGACUCCUCAUGAAAGGUAACCUCCCCUCUGAAGGUUUUAAUAUCAAUAGCCACCUUCAGAUACAAAGCAGUGACAUUUCAGAGGAUUUAAUCAUCUGUCCUUGUUACCACAAGGCCACUUUCUGGUUCCAAAAGGGGUACGGGAGGCGUUUUUGGAUUGAGAUCCUUCAUAUCAGGUGGAGCUGCAGCUGUGAUCUGUAACAACAGAUGGUUAUCAGUAUUUCCUCUGAUCUAAGAGCAGUGUAGGAAGAAAACUCCCUCCAGCUGAAGGCAGGUACCUGCUGCCAUCAUUUGGUCUGAGUAGCUGUGCAGAGCACAUCUCUGCUGCUGCUGAUUGAUUCAGGGUUGAAGUUUAGUGUUUCCUUUCACUCAGAGAUGACUGGUUUCUUUGUAGGUAUAUAGUGUAUGUAUGAUGAACGAUGGACAAACAAGAUGGAAAACUGAAUGAAAGAUGAACGAGAAAAAAAUAGUUGAGGUGUUUGUGUUCUGCUGAGCAGGAUGUGGAAGCCGUUUUAUAUGUGGCAGGGAAAGUUUCAGAUGGUUUUGUAUGUUAAAAGUUGUUGAGUGCAGGUUGUGUUCCCAAAUGACAAAGCUUGGCUAAACAUCUUUUGAAAUCACCAACAUGAGCCUGAUACAUUUGAACCUUGGCUGGUCUUCUUCAGAAUCCAGCUAUACAGCAGCUUCUGACUCAUUUCCACCUGGUAUUGACACGCAGUCUGUAUCUGUGUACCUUAUCUGGAUCAGUAAAAAUCACAUCUGGAGAUGGUCUGAUCAGAUCUCAGCCAGGGGUAAACAACAUCUGUUUAAGGGAAAUAAGCAGAGCCCACACAGCAGCAUCGCUUCUGGAGACUCCAAUGGACUGAAACAACGCGCAAUUCAAGGGUCAUGUGAUCAGUGGUAGCAUUAGUGUCAGCAAGCUUCUCCAUCGACUCUGCUUACCUUCUUAUAGUAUAAGUAAUGUUAGCGUAGUUAGCUAAGCCACCCAAAACUGAGACUAAACAAUGUUGCCUCAAGAUUAAUUUAGUAGCUUUUCUGGAGUGUUCGAUCGUAUCACGAGCAGAUGGAGUUUAACCAGCAGUCAUGGAAAUUUAGAUGUUUCUGGACUCUGUAAGGACUUCAAAUCCACAGUGGUUUAAGAUGGUACCUUCUGUGAAGAUGCACCUAAACACAGACCUACGCAAAGAAGGCUGUUUUAGGUAACUGUAGGUCCCAGAGGCUCAGACAGGAGCAGACACACGCACCUUAGUCUCAAGGCUUAACAAUGCACGCAAGAAACACCCACAGAACCUCUCAGACACCUGUGCACUUCCUCCUACGGCCAUCCUGGAGAAGCUUGUUGGAGUUCAUCUCAACUCGAUUGUGGUCCGUUUAGUAUCGAAAAAUGUACCAAAAGUAUCCUACAAAGACCUUCGGUUGUCUGUAUGUCACAUGACCCUCGCCUUACACGUCCUAGCCUACACUGAAGACCAUUCCACAACGCUUCCCUUCACCUGAGGCACACCAUGCUUCAUGUGAAUAUUGAGUUGGGAUUAUAGUGUGCGUGUAAAUGCAAAGGCCCAUGAUUGAACAUUGUUAUCCAGUUACAGAUGGCAGCUUAAUACCAGGUGUAAAUGUCUUCUUCUGCAUGUGAUUUAACAUACUGCAAAUGGCUGCUGAUGUUUAGAAUAAAGCAGCCAAUGAUAGUAUGUGGAUACUCGUAGAGUUUGUACUCCAUCAUUAAAGGGUUGAUGUCCUGGAUUGACAAAAUUAUGAGCAGAGUUGCCUCAAUAAAAUAAAAACUCCCUUUGAUAUUUUCCUCUGUAUAAAAAAAUAUCCUUCACUUAACAUUGCACUGAUGCAUUAACUCUUGUGCAUAUCUGUACUGUGUAACGUCUUAGCUUUAAAUGCAAACUUAUGAUUUAAUAUCAUAGAUAAAGAAAUGCAUUAUAUGAACUAACUGCAUGAUCUCUUAAUAACAUUGUCGACCCCUGAGGGGGCGCUGGGAAUAUAUGCUGAAACAAAAAACCUGAACAAUUCAUUUCAUCAACUGAAUCUCAAAAUCAGAUUAUUCCUCAAACAGAUGAAAAAUGAACCAGCACAGUGGAAACGUCACUGAUUUUAGUUUGGGGAAGAUUUUGACAGUAGAUGAAUUGUUUGCUUAGAUGCAGCUGGAAUACACAAUCACUUCCUCUACGAAUGUGUCAUAGCAGUAUAUCAUAUAUUUUUGUACAUUUUAUGCAUCAUGUAUUGUUAAACUGUUGCCUGGUAGAGAUUUAGAGAUUUGGGAGAUUUAUUGUUGUCCAUCACAUUUAUCAAGAUGAAGACAAAUGCUGAUUUAUUUUUAGAUUUCUGUUUACUAUGAAGUCAACGGUUCAGGGUUUCAAUGGGAUUGUGCAGUUCUUAUCGGUGCAGGAGAAAUGUCAUGUAUGAAAAUGUUACUUGAUUUCUUGUUGUAGAAUCCAUUAUUUCUUUUUUUUUUAAUAAUUAAAAUGAAUGAAUAUUAUAUCUGUAGCCAGAUGAUAUUAGUUAUUUUUGCAUACCACAGGGAAGUAGAGUAAAUCGGUGCAAUCUGCUAAUUUUAGCAUCUAGAUUUUCAAUUUUUUCCCAGCAAGAAGUUGCAGCUCAGACUCUAGGUUAUUUGCAAAACAUCUUGCUUCAUCUGAUAAAAGGAUAACCCCCCCCAAGCGUUAGUCUUUCUCAGAUUCAAAAGUCAAUCGUGAACACAGACAUGAGACAUGAGUCUUUAUAGAUUUAGUGUGUUUAGUAGGGGUGUGGCAAGAUCUCGCUAGAUUAAAUUGUGAUGAGAAUUCUCGUCAGGUAAAAAGGUGUCUUGUAAGACUCACUCAAAUGAUUUUUUCACACGCUGUCAAGCCACACAUUAAUUUUCUCAUGCUGUGAAAUAAUGUAUAACUAAUAAGACUCGGAGCGAAUCGACUCUGCCCAGCUGAUUGACACCGGCGUACACUGGGAUAGUAAUCAGCUGAACCUGCUUGUGCUGUGAGUCCAAACCUUUUUAUAUACAGUCAAGACAGCUGUGACGACAUAGCUGGUAGAGUUUUGCAAGAUAAACAUCUAAAAGCUGAAGCGCAGCCGGCUCUGUUUGGGACUGUGAGCUGCACUGGAAAUUAUAGUGUGUGGGUCUGGGGUGAGAUUUCUGCCUGAUCACAAGUGUUUCAUUUACUUUUGGUUUUACAUGCAACAUGCAGUCCCAAACUGCGUCGGUCACACGGUCUGAAGAGGGUAGCAUUACUACCAGGGGAUCAAAACGUAAUGCACAGCAGAGUAUAGGGCAGGUAAUUAAUUAAAUGAUGACGUUAGUCUGGUAAUAUUACUUUUUUCAGAACAUGUCAGAGAACACGGAUAUAUGGGAGAGCUUCUGAAUGUGCAGAAAGUUUUGACCAUGAGCAGAAAACCUGCUGAAACACAGAAGCUAUUAAAAUCCAUGAGUUUAUAACUAAAUUAAAAUGAAAUAAUCUGUCAUUAUGGUGAAAAGGUGCCGCAAUCAUAGGCUACUUCCCCAGACAAAGACACAAAGAGGAGGGAAGAUUAAAUCAUGAAUCAGCAGGGAUGAUAUUAAAUAAGUUGAACAGAUCUGAAAGCAGCACAGAAUGACUGAGAGCUGCACUGCCUUAGAUUCUGUUAUAGUUAGGCUAUAGAUUUUGAAUCGUCACCUGCACCUGAAUUUUGUCUUUCUCUUUAUAUACAUAAAUUAAAAAAUCACCAUAAACUGGUGCAUAAAAAUUCAUCAGAAUGCAGGAAAUAAAGUAUUCAAUGCUUAAAAUUUUCAUAUAAUUCAGCAUUAAAGAUUUCUUAAUUUCUUAGUGUUAAAAUCUCGUCUCGAUCUCGUGAACCCAAUCUCAAAUCUCGUGUUGUCUUGUGGGUUAAGUGUCUCGUCAGAUCUCUGCUGUUUAGUGAUCAUUUAUCUCUGAUGUCCACUUACGAAUCAAAGAAAAAGAUUUUCCUUAUAACUCUAGAUCAGGUUUUCUACAGUAUCAAACUUAUCCAGUGAAGUUCAAGCUCAAGUUGUAGCCCACCGCUAACUCACUGAAUCCAUGGCCUCCAGGCAUUAUGGGAAAUGUAGUUGUAAAACUUUGCAGGACAGUGAAAAGUUUGUAAUAUUAAACAUGAGGUUUUGCUCAGAAAGAUUUUACAUAACGGGAAACGACAUGAUCCAUUAGAUUGACAGCAAUGUUUAUUUUCACAACUUCACCCAUUCAGAACACAAUCAGAUGCGCCAUGCCUGGGAUCUAGUUAGUGCAUACAUUCUGCCCUGAGCUGUAACUUCUUUUCACUGGUCAAUAGGUGACUGAUAACUAAUGUUUAAAUGAGAGUGAAUGAUCUCAGAACAGUCUAACGCUGAUAAUACACAGGGCAACUUUUUGAGCAAUGUUGCUGGGAAAUCUUGUUGGUGGCAAGUCAGGCUAUGUUUUGACAGCAACAUUGCUUUAAAAGUUACUUUGUGUAUCAUCAGCUUAAAGCUUAGCUGGAUGCAGAAAUCAAUCAGUCUGUAAAUGAGUCAACUCUGCUAAUUUUGAUAAAUCAACCGUAUAUUUAAAGGAUAUAGCUGCAUCCAUCAUUUGAAUAGUGGCACAAGGUGUAUUACUGCAUAUUAAAAUACAAUGCUGAGCAGUUAGUAACUGUCACAAUAAAAUGACAUUGUGUUUGCACUUUGGUCACAGUGUACCUGGUACUAUAGCAAAAAUGAAUCUGCACAGAUAAGUGUUCGGUACAAGUUGAUCAUUAGAGGUAAUUUUUUAUUCCCCAAUGUUCAGUUUGUGAAAUGUUAUAUUCAAGAAUAACUAUGUGUGAAACUGUAAAAAGCGUCCCUCUUGACUGGUGAUUGAUGUCUGAAUCAAGUCUUAAGUACUGUGUAAUCAAGACAAGAGAAGAACUCAUAGAUGGGGUGAAAUCAUUUCACUACUGACUGCCUUACUUCAGAAUGCUGGACACAGAAAUUGCUUUAAAAAAUGUUAACGUGACAAACUUUUCUUCACUUUUCAAGACGGACUUUUUUUCCAGUUUACCUGCUGAAUUCUGCAGAAAAAUGAAAAGAACAAUAAAGAAAAAAAACAAGCUUCUGAUGAUGUUUUCAUAAGUUUGUGAUGCAACAGUUUGUAUUUUGGUGGCAGUUUUAGAGGUAACGGGUGUCACGUCUGUGUUCAGCCUCUUUGUUCCAAACUGCUAAAGCUUGGCUUUGUUUCAAACACACGGCUCUGAGACAGCGCUGAGGUUCUGUCCCCACUGUUCAGGAAAUGGGUUUGAGACUUCAGAUCUGAAUGGAUCCACAUGUGCACAAGUCCUUCAUUUAUCAUAUUCUACAGUUUACUUACAAAUGACUUGACCAUCAAUAAAAUGUUUAAUCAUAAACAAAAUCUGUUCAAUAGCUAAGAGACAGUCUCACUAAUUUGUAGCUUGACUAUUGUCUUGAAUGACGCUACAUAAUCUUAGAAGCCUAAAACUGUUCUUUUGCUCCAUUCUCUGAUGAAGACUGUGUUUUUGAAAGCUUUUGAGGAUUCAGUCCCUUGUUUUUGCGAUAAAUCAAUACAUUUUUUUAGUCAAAAUGUAUGAAAGUGAUGAUGUUCGAUCAAUGAUGACGGAGACCAAAGCAAAUCCUCACAUCUGAGAAGGUGCAAACAGAAAAUAUUUAUAUAUAUUCCAGAGAUUAUCAAAAUAAUUGACAAAUUCCUUCAAUACUAAUGUAUGUCCCAAAAUCCUUCAGUUCACUUAUUAGGAUCAACUUUUCAAAUGUUUUCACCUGGCACCAGCGACAGAAUUUGUGGAACCAACAAAUGUGUCUUUCAAAUGCAGUUAAAGGAUUUCCUCCAACCACAGUGGCAGCAGAGCCUCAGCGCUUUAUUACAAAGUCUCUAUCUGAUAGUAUAUUGUGUGUUGAGAUUAAUGUUCAAGACUAAAAUAAAAUGUUUCUAUCAACA